AUGAAUGCAUUGUUAGUUAUCGCGAGGCUUAGCAGACAGUGACGUCGCGUAUCGUGCGAGGAUUCAUGGCGGAAUCUGUGAUACUGACACUUUGAACUGUAAAGAAAACUCUUUCGUUUAUUUUCCACUGGGCAGCAAGCUACAGAAGCCGAACUGAAGAUCAGGGAAUAGAACCAUAUCACUUGACUGUUCUAAAUUUCCAAAGUCAAUGGCAGAACUAAUUGGGUUCAAACCUCCUUAAAGGGGCUGUGCGCCACCCAGGAAGUUCAUAAGUCCAGGCAGUGACUCUUAAAACAAUGGAGAAUGGACAGACUACAGCGUCAAAGCUUGGCCUUCCUCCACUCACCCCAGAGCAGCAGGAGGCCCUGCAGAAGGCAAAGAAGUAUGCAAUGGAGCAGAGUAUUAAGAGUGUGUUGGUGAAACAGACCAUCGCUCAUCAGCAACAACAACUGACUAACCUUCAGAUGGCAGCAGUGACAAUGGGCUUUGGAGAUCCUCUCUCACCUUUACAAUCGAUGGCAGCUCAGCGGCAGCGCGCGCUGGCCAUUAUGUGUCGGGUCUAUGUAGGCUCAAUUUACUAUGAGCUGGGAGAGGAUACCAUUCGGCAAGCAUUUGCUCCUUUCGGGCCCAUCAAAAGUAUCGACAUGUCUUGGGAUUCUGUUACAAUGAAGCACAAGGGAUUUGCUUUUGUUGAAUAUGAAGUCCCAGAAGCUGCGCAGCUUGCUCUGGAACAGAUGAACUCUGUUAUGUUAGGUGGAAGGAACAUCAAGGUUGGCCGGCCAAGUAAUAUUGGACAAGCUCAACCCAUUAUUGAUCAACUUGCAGAAGAAGCACGGUCAUUUAAUCGUAUAUAUGUGGCAUCUGUGCAUCCUGAUUUAUCAGAUGAGGACAUUAAGAGUGUCUUUGAAGCUUUUGGAAAGAUUAAAUCAUGCACGCUUGCUAGAGAUCCCACAACUGGAAAACACAAAGGAUAUGGAUUUAUAGAAUAUGAAAAGGCUCAGUCUUCACAGGAUGCAGUAUCUUCAAUGAAUCUUUUUGACUUAGGUGGUCAGUAUCUUCGAGUUGGUAAAGCAGUCACUCCACCAAUGCCAAUCCAUACGCCUGCAACACCUGGAGGAUUGCCACCAGCUGCUGCUGUAGCAGCAGCGGCAGCAACUGCCAAGAUUACAGCACAGGAAGCUGUAGCAGGAGCAACAGUCCUUGGUGCUCUUACUACACCAACAGCGCUGACAUUAGCACAGCCACUUGGUGCUUUACCACAAGCAGUCAUGGCAGCACAAGCACCUGGUGUCAUUACAGGAGUAACACCUGCCCGACCUCCCAUCCCAGUUGCUAUUCCUCAGGUUGGUAUCGUAAACCCAGUCCUGGCAUCUCCACCAACGCUUAUAGCAGUUGCAGACGCAAAGAAAGAAAAGGAAGAGGAGGAAGUUUCCCAAGAUGGCGAGCGGGCAGAGAUGUUGAGUGAACAGGAACACAUGAGCAUUUCUGGUAGCAGCGCCCGACAUAUGGUAAUGCAAAAGCUGUUGAGAAAACAGGAGUCUACUGUGAUGGUAUUGCGGAAUAUGGUUGGUCCUGAAGACAUUGAUGAUGAUCUAGAAGGGGAAGUAACAGAAGAGUGUGGCAAAUUUGGAGCAGUGAACCGUGUAAUUAUCUACCAGGAGAAGCAGGGUGAAGAAGAAGAUGCCGAAGUCAUUGUAAAGAUCUUUGUUGAAUUCUCUACUGCAGCAGAGAUGAACAAAGCUAUCCAGGCCUUGAAUGGCCGUUGGUUUGGUGGCAGGAAAGUCAUUGCAGAAGUGUACGACCAGGAGCGUUUUGAGAACAGUGAUCUGUCUGCAUAAACUGUCUCGAACCACAUGCACGCCCCUGUACAAAUACAUAUACCUUCCUACAGCUGCUGCUGUUUUAAAUAGGUAUUUUUAUUAAGAAUUAAUGGUUGAGGUAGAAAAAAUAGCUGCAGCUUCACUUGGAUUGGAGAUUUUCUCCUUUACUAUUAUUAUUCCAUAUUGUGAAGAAUUGGAUAUUCAUGAGAUGUUUUCAUGAUCUGUUUUUGAAUUUGUUUUGUUUUUGUUUUUUAUCUGAAUAACUCAGUAAAUAUUGUUAGUAACACCUGAAUAUUAUUAUACUCUCAUUUUUUUACAUUAAUUUUUUUGUCCAAAUUCUUACCAUCAGUCUUCAUUUUUUUUUUCCUAGGGUAUAAAAUUUAUUUAAAAUGUUUGAACUAUUUAAAAAACAUUUUGCCUUUGGAUUUUAUUUCCAGGAGUCUCUUACAGUUCAACAGUGGUUUCUUUAUCAGCUGCUGGUUAGAAGACAUGGUGCCUUAGUUGACUGCUGCCAUACAUUUAGGAAGCUGCAGCUUUUCUAUAGCAGCAUUCACUGACUGCUUUUCCAUUACCUCUUGACUUCAGUUUGCAUUUGUUUUCAAAUUUAUGCAAAUGUUGUUGCUUGUUACUCAUACAUUUUGUUUGUACAGUUGUUUUCGUAUUCCUCAGGUAUGAAGUGCAACUGAAACGUUGUGAAUGACAUCAUGGAAGUUAAGCAAGAACAGGUUUUGUUUUCUUAGUAUUGUUUUUUUAUGUUCAAUCUUAGCAUUCCAGUUUAAAUACCAGAAUACCAGAUUAAUGUUUUUAAACAAAAUUCAAGAUGAUAAAAUGUGUGGUAUUUGCCUGUCAAGAGGAAUGCUUGUUUUAAAGAAGGAGCUUUAAGAGUGAGUGGUGCAUGCGCUUUGUUCUUAAAGGCCAGGUGUCCAGCUCUUCACACCCCAGAUUUCCUCAGUAUUUUUGUAUGUUAGACAUCAUUUGCCCAGAAAUAAAUUUUUAAAUUAUGAAGUGGAAAAUUCAGAAGGGACAAUUGGACUAUUGUGUUUAUUAUUUAAUACGGUAUUGGAGCUAUUCAUGUUGAUGAGGUGACUGAAUAAAACCAUUCAAAACAACAGUUGAUAAUGUAAGAGGUAAUUAAAUGAAAAAAACUGUCUUAUAAAUUGAGGAUGGAUGGAUAAUCUCAUUACUAAGUUUAUUUUAAACUGCACACAUUUUUAAUGUGGUAAAAUUCAACUUAUUUUCAUAAAUCUAAUAUUAUAGUUAAGGUAUAAGAUAAAACCAAAGUAUGAGAGCAGAUCAUGCUAUAUCCAUAUUUCAGUGAACAGACAACCUGCCAUCCCACCCAGUGUUACCGUUAUAUAUGCAAUGAGAGGAAACACUUGGGGUUUUGUGUUCAUAUUUGAAUGUAUAUUUUAUUUGUCUAUCUAUAAAUUGUGUGCUGUCACUCUUAAUUUUAUUAUUGUUGAAGUUUUGGGUUAGACUUUUUGUUUUAAUAUUACCAGUUAUGUAAAAUAAUUUUGUACUACCAAAUUUUCUUGCCUACAUCCCAGACGGUGUUCUCUCCUUGUGUCAUCGUUAACAAAUAAAAAGAGAAGGAAGUCAUCAAAGAAACCAUAAUGGUUAAGACUCCACAUUCCAGAAUAGAAAAGUUUUAAUAUACUUCUCCAUAUUUAUAUUUAAGUGGCGUUUAUAUUGUACAGUAUAUAAUAAUAUAAAUGGAGAAACCAAGUUCCUGAUAAUGAACAUAGUUUCACUGCACAUUGACCUAGAUUAUCUUUGUUUCCUUGAUCCAUCCUACCAUGGCCAUUUUAAAAUUGUUCAUGCUUGCAGUUGUCAGUUUUUUUUUUUUUUGUUCCUGUGAAAUGAUACUUCAGACUAAGAAAUACAGACAGAGCGUUACCAUGGAUUUUACUUUGUAGGAUGUAUUUAUUUUUGGUCUGUUUUUAAAUACACACUGUAUCUUGUUUGAUUUGGAAUAUACCUUCUAGAUGUUAAUUAUGUAUUCUGUAAUUUGGGAUGUAGCACAGCUGUUGUGUAUCCCUUGUGCAGAAACUUUGUUCAGGUAGGAAGAAACGUCACAUGGAGAAACACUACUUGGUCACAAAGUUGUAAACUGGAAAUGCUGACACUGGAGGACAUAACAUUUUGCAUUGCAUGUCAUUCGUUUUUUAGACCACUGCCACAUAAUCUGGUUGGAUUCACUCUUAGGUUGCCAUGAUAGUGAACGGUUUAGUCAGUCUGUAAAUGCAAUUUGCUUUUGAUACUCAUUCAGGAUUGCACACUUACUUCAGGACAAAAAAACAACUCUGUUUUAAAUGGGCCAAAAUAAGAAAAAUUAAACUUGGUGCAGAAAUCCCCUAGUUUUUAAAAGGGUCAAGUGAAAAUUUGAUUCUUCAACUGAUUUGUUUUUAUAAAUGUUUUUUAACCUGAAACUGAUCCUACAAUUCAUCUGCUGUUCACUGCUGUAUUGCAUUCUCAGUAUAAAUGUGUUUAAAUGAUCACAUCCUUGUUAAAGAUUUAAAACCUCAAAAGAAUAUUUUGUUAGGACUUUGCCUUUUACUCAUAAAGUUAACCUUGAGCAUGUUUUUGUUAAAAAAAUCAUCAAGUAGGUUAUAUUUAAAAGUGGGAGAAAGGCAGUAACCUUGUGAAUAUUAUUAAAACUAUAGAAAAUUGGUGUGCCUGUUUUCUCAGUGGUGGCCUGGCACACCAUUCAAGGUGUUUUUUUGCCUUGUGUCUAGGCACUGGUUCCCUAUAACCUUGAGUAGUUUAGUGGUUUCAGAGUAAAAUGAUGGUUUGUUUAUUAAAUUUCACAAAAUAUUUUGCUUCGAGAAGAAUGCAAAACAUAUUGCUUGAAUACUUGUUAAAGUUUUAAUUCAAUUUAAUUUUAUUUGUACUGGUUAGUUUGUUGUGUUUCCCAAGCUAUAAGAAGAAAAUAAGUAGAAUUAUUUGGCAUAAGAUAGUUGUAUAAAACCAUCAGUUUGUUUUUUCUAAACAUGUUGUUCCCAGUCCAAGAUCACCAUGAGUCAGUUUAUAGAGGAGCUGCAUUGUGGGGUGGUAGUAAGCAAACACACCACACAGCAGAGACGUUGUGUUUAUGGAGAAAAAAAGAACCCUUAGUAAAACAUGGUAAGUAGUAUACAGUAUGCACCAUUGUGGCAGUUUGGCUGAAGUAAAUUUAAAAAUGUUCAAAAUUAGUGAUGUGCCAGUGACCAGGACAUUGAUAUGAAAGCAUGAUUAUGGACAUCUUAAGGGACACGUGGUUUUUCAGGGUGAAUUUGUACAUUUAGCAUUAUAAUGCAGCAUGGCUAAUAAACCAUGUGACAGAUGAACGCCAUUUCAACCUUUGCUCCAUAUUGUAUGCACAAUGUUGUUUUUUUUUCAAAGUAUUAAACAAAAUCAGCAUUCAUUAGAGUAGGAGCUACAGAAUGAGACCACCUAGAUGGUCAGUCCAUUUGUAAUGAAACCUGCAAUAAGUUCAUUUGUCUCGUUUCUUGGUAGGACUGUGGCAAAGGCCUAAGCUGGAAAUCACAUUGUCAAAGAUACAAAUGUCACCUCUGGUGUACUUUAUUUUUGUAGCUGUCUUCUAAUCUUGAAAUUCUUUAAUGGACAGCAGAGGUUUGUAUGGGAUAAAAGUCUCAAUUACAUAACCUACUUAAGGUCUUAAGGCAUGUCGCAGGAAUACCGAGAAGUGGUUCCUGUUCCCUUUAGAGAAAUGACUUGCAUUUAAAAAAAAAAAAAAAACC